AUGGAUCAAGCGACCUCUCUCUACGUUUGGGAUCUUCAUGCGUCGGUUAACGAGGCGGAGCUACGUCAAGUUUUCCAGCUUGGGUUAUCAGCAGAGUCUCUCAUCUCCGUUGAAGCAUACAGAGAUCAUAGAAAUCUUUCUCUGGGAAGAGCGAAGGCUACUUUCGGAAACCGUGAAGAUGCUAUGAUGGCGAUGAGUAUUAUCAGCUCUGUACCCUUAAUCGGCGACUCGUUUGCUCAUGCGUCGGUUGAUUCCUUCCCACAGUUGACCAAUGAGUCGGGAGGCCAUGAUGUCUACGUUGGAAACCUCUCUCCUUCUACCACAGUUGCAACGCUCCACGCUGAGUUUGGCCAGUACGGUUUCGUAGUUGAUGCGAGGAUUACCAGAAAGGAAGAUUUCUCUUAUGCGUUCGUGAAGUACCAGAAUCCAGAGAAUCGUUUCCGAGCAAUCGCUUAUUUAAAUGGCAAAUCAGUUCAUGGAAGUCUUUGGAUAGUCAGCGAAGUAUACCAAAAGAAGAAAGAGGUGCGUGACGUGGAAAUCCGAGGAGCGGUAGAGGAAGGACGUGUCCUAUAUGCAAGCAAUCUGCACUAUAAGAUGACGGAGCGUGACUUGGGCAAUGCGUUUCGUCAAUUUGGUGUUGUCAUCAGCUGUCACCUCCGAAAGCUCCAAGAUGGACGAAGCAAAGGAUCUGGUUUUAUUGAGUAUUCCACGAAAGAGGCAGCUUCUGCGGCCAUUAGUGCCAUGCACGGAACUCUGGUGUGGGGCAGAGCCAUCAAUGUGAGUCUAGCCCUAACCAGUUCAUGA